UACAUAAGUCAGUAAAAGCAUACAAACGCAGAGAUUUGUCAGAUUCCCCUUUUGUUGAUGAUAAUAAAUUAACUUCAACCGCAUAAUUGCCGUUGAAAAGUUCCUUUCGUUUCGUUCGCGAGCUGAACUUGUUUGUUUGCAAAUAAUGGAAAAUGAGGCACUGCAAUUUGAAUCUGAUAUUAUUUUACACGAGGAUGUUCUUGAGAAUGAAAAUAAUUCGGUCAAGAAUAAAGAAUUAGACGACGUAUCGGAUGAGGAACUUGAAAGGAAGCAUUUUCAAAGAAUUGUCAAUGCCUUCAGGAGUUAUAAAUUACAUAGUUUGAAAAGACUGUACAGUACAACCAAGUACAUCAGCUCACUGCCAGAAAACCAGCGUGCACUCCUCAAAAGCUACUCCUCUCAUCUGGAGAAAGUGCGAGUGGGCAUCGAACACAAUUUCCAAAUCAUCAGGCUCAUCAUUCAAGAUGUCGACCACUUGUUCAAGAAUACAGACCACGGUGUUGAUGUGAAAGUGGUGAAAGAUGCGAGUCCCUUCGACAUGGACAAGGUCCAAUCCAUCUUCAAGCAGCUGUAUCGGGAGUGGAGCCACGAGGGCAAAGAAGAGAGAGAUGCCUCUUUCAAACCGAUACUCGACGAAAUCGUCGGUCGCUUUCCCCCGGAGAAGAGUUCAGAAGUUCACAUUCUGGUUCCUGGUGCAGGCCUGGGUCGUCUGCCCUAUGAAAUUGCCCGGAGAGGAUACACCUGCCAGGGGAAUGAAUUUAGUCUAUUUAUGCUUUUCACUUCCAAUUUUAUUUUAAAUAAAUGCCAAGGCGCCGAUCUCUUUCGAAUCUACCCGUGGGUACAUCAGUAUUGUAACAAUCUGAAAUCAUUACACCAGGUUCAAAUGGCCAGGUUUCCAGACGUAGAUCCCAGUAAAUUGCCUCAAGGUCUCGAGUUUUCUAUGGCUGCUGGGAAUUAUCUAGAGAUCUAUAAUGUCAAUGAUUCUUGGGAUUGCAUAGUAUCAUGUUUCUUCUUGGAUACUGCUAAUAAUAUAUUAGAUUAUAUUGAGAAAACAUGGAAUAUUUUGAAACCUGGAGGCUUUUGGAUUAAUUUAGGACCUUUAUUAUACCAUCAUGCUGAUUUGCCAAACGAAAAGUCGAUAGAGCCCAGCUAUGAAGAAAUUAGAGAAAUUAUAUUGAAAUAUGGAUUUAACAUGCUUAAAGAAGAAGUUAACAUUCCUACUCCGUAUUCACAAAAUCCACAUUCAAUGAUGUCAUACGAAUAUAGAAGCGUGUACUUUGUGUGUCAAAAGCCAUACCUCGAAAAUAGCAUUGUACAGAAAUCAUUUGAGAAAAACCACUAGCACAGAAAUAUGUACUGUUACUCAUUGCUGUUCAUAUAAAACUAUCAAAAUCAAAUAGUUCUUUUUCUUCCUAUUUUCUUUUUAAUUUGUAUUUGCAGCCAAGCUAUUAUAUAAUAUUUACUGUUCUUUAUUUUUUCAUAUCUUACAUGUACAAAGUGUGUUUUCCUAACAUUAUGAAA